AAAACACGGAACUUCGACACGAUGAUCGCUGUUGCAAUAGGGUGUCUUCAACGGACGGACACUGUUGGUUUUUCCAGAAAAACAAAACAAACCAACUUUAUAUAUUUAACUAUACAUCAUGUUCCCUAAACUUUAGUUAUAGAGCAAGGUGUUGCUAUAUUACUAGCUAAACAAUAGUAGCGUUUGUCAGACAGGAGUAGCAAUCAAUUCCUCUGGAUAGCUUUCGAGUAAUUUUAGCGAGAUAGCUAACGUUAGCAGCUAAUUAGGCGGAGGUAUAAACUGCUAGCGGUCGUAAACCGCAUUAGCUACAUUAUCUUACAUUAUCAAGCUAGCUAAGUGUUGACAGGUCAAAACCGCAGCAGUGUAUACGACAUCAGCAGUAUAGCUUGGGCUUACCUUCGUAAAACUAGGUAACGUUAGAGGACACACAGACCCCUGCUAGAAUACUCUGCUUAACGUUAGCUUGUAGCUAGGUUCAUUGUUAGGAAUGAAUCAUUUGGGCUGAAUUAAGCAACACUGGAAAGUAGAAUGUGAUAACAGAGGGUACGGCUUGUUGCCACCCAGUGUAGCUGCUGCUUUGGCAGUGAAGUAAUGACUCGAUGUGUUAAUCGCAAGAGGGACUCCUGCCCACUCUAUAGUGGUGAAAGGUUUAGUUAACAUCAUCGGAAUAUUUCGGAUCGUCGACCUGCAAAAUGCCUGGAAUAGUGGUGUUUGGUCGGCGGUGGGGGAUCGCCAGUGACGACUUCGUGUUCCCCGGCGCCUUUGAACUGUUCAUCCGUGUACUUUGGUGGAUUGGCACACUGAUCCUGUACACUCAACACAGGGGUCAUUUUGAUUGUAACGGGGGAGGAAUUCUUCACAGCUAUGUGGUGGGACUGUUGGUGGUGCUUGGGCUCAUCAUCCUGUCAUUAUGUGCAAUUGUCUACAUCAGUGCCCAAGGUACCAUUACGAACCCUGGCCAACGGCGCUCUAUGCCGGCGCUGGUGUACCUGCGAGCUCUCCUGUACAUCCCUGAGCUGGUCUGGGCCUGUCUGGGAGCUGUCUGGGUGUCUGACGAUAGCAAAGGGUGCGAUCCUGCCACAGUGGGUGUUGUUAUCGCUGCAGUGGUUGCCAGCUGGAUCAUCCUGCUCUUUACGGCGUUGGGUGUGGUAUUUGUGUUCGACCCUCUGGGCAAACCCCAUCCUCUGCCUGGUGUCCAGGGAGAACAAGAACUGGAGAGCAAGGUGUGGGAGAGCAGGCUGCGGCUCCUGUGCUGUUGUCUGCCGCAGGACGACAGCAACCAAGCAGUGUUCUCCAGCAUCGCACAGCUCAUGGGUGGAUUCUUCUCCGACACAGAUCUGGUCCCCAGUGAUAUAGCUGCUGGUUUGGCUCUGCUGCACCAGGAGCAUGAUAAGGUGGAGCGGAGCAGAGACCCAGUAAUCAUAGUCACUCAAAGUCCUUCCUCUCCCAUUGGAGAAGAAUUGGGGACAGAGCUGGAGAAAGCAGCUCACUAUAUGCAGUUUGCUGCCGCAGCCUAUGGCUGGCCGCUGUACGUUUACUCCAACCCCCUUACUGCGCCCUGCAAACUUAGUGGAGACUGCUGCAGGAGUCAUGCAGCUGAGUAUGAGGUCGUUGAAGGAGACCACCUCGGCUGUAACUUCUCAUCCAUCCUGCAGAGCACUGGUUUGCAGUACAGAGACUUCAUCUACGUCAGCUUCCACAACCAGAUUUAUGAGAGCCCCUUUUUCGUGGCUCUGGAUCAUAAGAGAGAGGCUGUUCUGGUGGCUGUUAGAGGAACACUGUCACUGAGGGACGCCCUGACAGACCUGUCUGCUGAAAGCGAGAACUUGCCUAUAGAAGGAGUGUCCGGAGCCUGCUACGCUCACAAGGGCAUGACCCAGACGGCAGGUUACAUCUACAAGAAGCUGGUCAACGAUGGCAUCCUGAACCAGGCUUUCUCCGUUGCGCCGGAGUAUAAACUGGUCAUCACUGGCCACAGUCUGGGUGCCGGCACAGCUUCACUGCUGGCCAUCCUCUUACGCAAUUCCUUCCCCACCCUGCAGUGCUACUCAUUCUCUCCACCAGGGGGACUCCUGAGUAAAGCCUUAGCUGAUUACUCCAAGGAAUUUGUGGUCUCCGUUGUGCUGGGAAAGGAUCUGGUUCCCAGAUUGAGCAUUCCCAACAUGGAGGAUCUGAAGAAAAGGAUUCUUAAAAUUAUUUCAAACUGCAAUAAGCCCAAAUACCGCAUCCUGCUACAGGGAUGUUGGUACCAGCUGUUCGGAGGAAACCCAGAUGACUGCCCCACUGAGUUGGAGAACAGGAGGGAGGAGGAACUUAGCCAGCCGCUGCUGGGGGAGGAGUCACUGAUGAUUCGCCAUUCAUCAUCCUAUCAGAGCAUGGGAUCAGAUGGCUCGCCUGCCCACAAGCCUGCCCUCUUACCUCUGUUCCUACCUGGCCGCAUUAUUCAAAUCACAGAAGAUGGGCCGUCACGGAGACCCUGUUUUUCCCAUGCCAGCUUUCAUGCCGAGUGGUCCAAUGAAAUGGCAUACAGGAGUAUUUUGAUCAGCCCAAGGAUGCUUGUAAAUCACAUGCCUGAUGCUGUGCUUCAAGCACUCAACACUCUGACCAGUGAUAGGCUGUUCUCCCUCUGCCCAUCAUCCCUAAACAGCAGCCAGCACAACACUGUCUGAAAUGCGCCAUACAGACGGACUCCUUAUCCUGUAUGCUAGCCUAUUUUUCUUUAUGUGUAAGCCAUUUGAUUUUCUCCACACCUGAUCCAGGAUUGUUUCAAGUACUUCACUUGGACGGUAAUCCUAGGCUCUCUUCAUAAAUAUUUUGGUCCCAAGUGCAAUUAUUGGGCUUCUUAAAACAUGAAACAGUAGAGAUUAAUCCGUUAUGAUCUCCAUGAAUGAACCUGAUUCGAUAAGAGAAACAUGUUGAAGCACAAGGACGUGUUUGUUGAAUUGCACUUUUAAUUAUUUAUUUUACAUAAUUUGUUUUGUUUCAGUUCUCUGCGUUACUCCAUGAGCAACUUUCUGCCAGGAUCUUUGAUCUUUCAAUGUGCGUUGUGUACAAUAUUUGACAGUACUGCAGUUAAACUGUGUCAGUGUUCUACAUCUUUAGUUUGUGCGAGUGCUGUAUGGUUGGUAGAGGCUGCCCCCUGGUCACUCGAAAGUGUCCGCUCUGGUCUUCCUUAUCCGUGGGGACGACUGAGGAGCAGUCUGACCCAGGAUGUGAGGUUUAUGGGGUAACUUUUAUCUCCAAAUGUAGACUAAAGCAGUACAUCUUCAUUGUACAGUAACUGUUGGUCUGUCUUGUGUUUUGAUGUCCUGAGACAUCAGGGUGAACAGUGCCUAUGCACAUGUGCAUAAAACAAGUCAACAGAAUUGCUUUGCAGAAAGACCGUAAAGAGUGCCGUGUGUUUACAGUAAGUUUUGUUCUGCAUUUUCCGCAAUGCAGUUUGAAAAGUGCAUGGUGUUUUGCAUAAACAUGACAUAUUUAAGAGGUGGAAAGGUUGUACUUAUACGUUUUGUGGGAACCUGUUUGCUUGCCGCGCAUAUUACCUUCUUUCUUUUCAGGUGAUACAUUAAAGUUUGA